AUGAAUGACUGCUGUGUGAUAAUCAAAUCGUGCACUAGUGUGUAUAAGUUCCCUGGGAGCUGUUUAAUAAAGAAAGUGAAUCCAUUCCUGCUGAGUGAACUUGAGUCAAACUCCUUGCUCAGACUUCACUCGUUCAUCACGGCGGUGUCUUUGUCUGUCACUCCGGUUUCCGUGGUGGUUUUGUGUGUGAUUAUCGGGUUUCUCUUUAAAAGCUCCCAGAGAAGAGAGACUAUAUCGAAGCAGGAGAGUUCAGAUCAGAAAGCCAGACAAUUGAUGGACAAGCAUCCGCAGGAUGAUACAGAAAUCAACAGUAAACACAACGGUACUCUCCAUCAUGUCAAACACAAGAUCAGAGAGAUCAUUGAGGAGGAGGAGGAGAUCAACUACAUGCAAAGGAUGGGAGACAAGUGGCUCCAUGACCUGAAGAAACUGAGGACAAACUGGGUGAAGGAGUGUUUAGAUGUGGCUCUGUAUCUGAUUCUAGUGUUUAAGGAGACAUGUGGAAUUCUGCCCAACGGCAAGAAAAAGACUCACUAUUACAAUGAACUCAGUGUGUCCAUUUCCUGUGGCAUUCUGUUGGCUGCUCUGCAGUUGGACUGUUAG